CGCCCCAAGCCGGGCCUUCACCACCGCCCUCCCUCAGUCCCUUCGUUCGUCCCUCCCUCCUUCCCUCCUAGGGCCUGGGGGUGGGGGGUGGGGGGCGUCCCGGAGGCUACCCUAGCCCGGGCUCCUUGGCGGCGCUCGCCGUUAUGGCUACCUGGCGACGAGACGGGCGGCUGACCGGCGGCCAGCGGCUGGUGUGCGCCGGCUUGGCCGGGGCGCUCAGCCUGAGCCUCACCGCGCCGCUGGAGCUCGCCACCGUCCUGGCCCAGGUGGGCCCCCCGAGGGGCCCGUGGGCUGCCUGCCGGGCCGCCUGGAGAGCUGAGGGGCUCCGGGCCCUGUGGAAGGGCAACGGCGUGGCGUGCCUGCGUCUCUGCCCCUACAGCGUCCUGCAGCUGGCCGCCCACCGCAAGUUCCUACUGCUUUUCAUGGAUGACCUGGGUUAUGUUUCCCAAGGGAGUGCAAUCAUGGCUGGAAGUCUUGCCGGCAUGGUGGCUACUAUUGUGACCUACCCAACAGAUGUCAUCAAGACUCGGCUGAUUGUGCAGAAUCUGCUGAAACCAUCUUACACGGGGAUCAUCCAUGCCUUCUAUAGUAUUUAUCACCAGGAAGGCUUUCUAGCCCUUUACCGAGGAGUCUCCCUCACUAUUAUAGGUGCUCUGCCAUUCUCUGCUGGCUCUUUCCUAGUUUAUGUGAACCUGAAUCGCUUCUGGAAAGGUCCUCGAGAUCGGUCUUCCCCACUCCAGAACUUUGCCAACAGCUGUCUCGCCGCCGCAGUGGCCCAGACAAUCUCCUACCCUUUUGAUACAGUAAAGAGGAAGAUGCAGGCCCAGAGUCACUGCUUCUCUCCUUAUGGUAGAGUAGAUCCCAAUUUCUCAGGGGCAGUGGACUGCUUCCGGCAGAUAGUGAAGACCCAGGGUGUGCCAGCCCUCUGGAAUGGACUAACAGCCAACUUGCUAAAGAUAGUUCCAUAUUUUGGAGUUAUGUUUAGCACUUUUGAGUUUUGCAAGAGGAUCUGCCUUUAUCAGAAUGGCUACACUGUGUCCCCUUUGAGCUAUAAGCUCACCCCAGGGGUAGAUCAGAGUUUACAGCCACAAGAGUUACGGGAAUUUCAGAAGUUACUCAAAAAUGGCAAAUUGGGGGCAAGAAAACCCACCUUGUAAAACUGAACAAAGCUGAGACUAUAUGGCUUAAAGGUAUGUUAAAAGCAUAUAUAUGUGUGGUCAGAAGUGGCUGCCUCCAUCUACUGUCCUGAAAAAAUGAGAAGCUGGAACUUUACAGCACCAUCUGAUCUGUGGACCACUGCCCCAUUUCUUGGCUGAACCACUGCAGACUUGGAGGCCAACAGAUUAAAGUGCCUGGAGCUGUCCAUCACUGUCCUGUAAAUGACACCCAGUUACCCAGGGAUUUCCCAGACUGGGCAGUUGGUCCCAGUUCACAGCUUCCCAAGGUCAGUUCGCCAAAGCAACCAUCAAACUCAUCUCUUUAGUGAAUAGAUGAUAAAGACCAGAAGAAGCAGAUUUUCUGGGCUCUUAACCUUAAAAAAGAGCUCAGAAUGUAGGCUUAAAUGUGCAUAAACAGAGUGGGCAUCAUGCCGGCUUGCACUUUGCUUGCCAGUAUCUGAAGCUUACAGCAACUUGCAAAGACUACAAAAUUUACCCAGAGUGGCACAGACCCAGGUGGAAUAGUUUGGCCCAGACCUUCCUAGAUUAAGGGAUCAUGGCUUUAUCCUUGCCCUAUUUAGUAUCAUAGAAUAGGUCAAGUUUCCAAAGAAAAAAGGCAUGAGAAAGUACUUCCCAAAUAUUUUCUUUUAUAUUCUGGAAGUCUGGGACAUCCAUUAAGUAACACGUUUUUAUUUAGAUCCAUUUCAUGAUGUCAAGAAACUCCAAACUGCCCUUGACAGACGCUAUAGUCUAUAAAAGUGACUUACCAAUGCCUCCGACCAUCAUAAUUUCACUCUUCCCUAGCAAAGCCAAGAAUUAGUGCAUAAUUUUGAUAGCUCCGUUUAUUUUAUACCAUGGCCCAGUUGCAAAGAAGGAAAGUCCAAGAGCCUUAGCUUAAUUUUAGAAGGUCAUAAAGUUUGAAUCUUAUAUGAAUCAUGAAAUGAUCUCCAAAUGACCCCAAAACAGAACAGAACUGAAAAGAACUUUGAGCUAAUCAUAACCAAGUGGAGAAUUGUUUUUCAGGAGCAAAAUACCUUGGAGGGUCAACACUAAGGGCAUAUGACUGUACCUUUGAAAUAAUGCUCACUUACAUUGUUCCAAAAAUAAUAUCUAGUUGUUCAUUUAAUGGCCAUGUCUUUGUGGUUGGGUAAUUUUUCUCUUCUUUUUCAAUAUUUGGAAGGUAUAUUGUAUAUUAAAGUUCCUAAUGGGUUAUUUA